CACAGUUUGUCAUUUCCACUAGCUUCGUUUGAGCGGCACAGGUGAGGAUCCUCUGGAGCUCAAAACAUAUCACAGAAGUGGUAUGAUGGCGAUGUGGCCAUGCACCUGAAGGACAGUGUGCAGAGCUGAGGAGGAAAUAUUCAUCACCAGCUGGUGUCAGGACUCAGCUGUUUAAGCAAUGGCUUACCUUCCCCAGUCAGUCCAUUGGCAGUUUGCAGGUCUAGUGCUUGGGUUUGUAGGAUGGAUAAUGACAGCCUCCAUUUCUGGGGUGAACGACUGGAGGAUAUGGUACGUGGACAAUCAGACGGUCAUCACCGGAGGACUGGCCUGGGUCGGAGUGUGGCGCGUCUGUUUCAACAGCCACAUUUUGGAUUCGGCUGAGAUCUGCAAAAGCAUCAGCCUUACAGAUUCAUUCACUCCACCAGAAAUAGCAGCUGCCCAGGUACUUUGCAUGGUUGCUGUUGGCGUGGGGGUGCUUGCAAUCCUAGUGGCGGGACAUGCGGUGAGAAAUGCCAUCUCUGGGGUUAACAACAGGCAUGUCAGAUUGACCUUUGUGAUGGCGUGCUCCUUGUUCUGGCUAACUGCCGUGUGUUCGCUGGUCCCCGUCUUUUGGAAUAUGAAUUCUGUGCUGGCGAACCUCACUAUAGACUUCCCGCCUGAUUUCUACUUGCCUUCUGCUCCAGUGAAACAGGAAGUAGGUCCAGGGAUUGGGAUUGGGAUCGGUUCAGGUUGCCUGCUCAUUGUAAGUGGACUACUCUUAAUGUGCUACAGCUAUCCCAAAACCAAAGUGCCUAAGAGUGGAGAAACUGGACAUUUUGACAACAGUCCAAGAAAUGAAGGCUUUCUUGGUGUAAUUAAAGAGAGUAUGGAUGAGGGUGUGAUCAACCCAGCGUAUGAAUCAGAGAAGCUUUAAUAAUAAAGUGCAUCACUCCAUGAAAGGACUUUGAAAGCUCUAAACACAGUUUCUUCAAAUUUUUGACUGUUUGAGGAAAACUUAUAUGACCCCAAACCAAACGGAAUAUCUAAAUACAGUAUAUUUAGAUAAAUGUAAUGUAAUUAUAUAGUCACUGAAGUGACUGAUGAAUUGAAAUAACCGCAAGCACUUUGAACUUUGAGGCCAUUUUAUUGGUAUCAAAUUGUUAAUAUGUCUAUGACACUGGACUUUUAAAGUUGACUUAUUAUUGUUACAUAAUUUGCAGGGCACACAAUGCUAUAAGAGUAUACUCACCUGAAUGUCUGUAAUGUAUGCUUUUACCACAAUUUAAAAGCUUAGGGUCAGUAAGGUUUUUAUUUUAUUUUAUUUUUGUAAGUUUUCCAAAAUGUCACUUUUUGCUAAAUGAAGCUGCAUUUAUUUUAUGAAAAAUAUGAUCAAAACAGCAAUACGCUGCAAUAAAAGAGUUGAUACACACACACACAGACACACAUAUAUAUAUAUACCAGUAAUUUUUUAUAAUUAAAAA